CAAAACCUCAAUCAAACCCUUAUACACAUGGCGGGUUUUGAUGCAUCAUCAGCAGCAGCAGCGCCGUCGCCAGUUCCGCGGUCGCCGUGGCACUCGCCGGUGCCGUACCUGUUCGGCGGGCUUGCGGCGAUGCUGGGGCUCAUCGCUUUCGCUCUCUUGAUCCUCGCCUGCUCCUACUGGAAGCUCUCCGAAGACGGCGAGAGGGACCUCGAGGCCGACGGAGAACGAGACGGAGCUUCUAAGGCGGCGCCGCCGGUGAUGGAGGAGAAGUUUCUGGUGAUCAUGGCCGGCCAGGAAAAGCCCACUUUCCUCGCCACUCCCAUGUCCAGUAGAACGUCGUCGUUUAGUAGCAAGAGUACUACUAGUACUUUAACCUCUCAAAAUAGUACCCUCUCUGAAGAUUUUGAACAUCAAAACAUCCAAAAUUAGAAUUUUGGUUCUUUUAGAAUAUGGUAGAAUUACAAGUAUUUUUGUUAUGAAUUUUGCGGGAAUGUAAAUAAUUUUUGGACGAUAA